AUGGCGCCCGACUCGUCCUCCGAUCAUGUCGAUGUCCUAAUCGUCGGUGCCGGCCUCUCUGGAAUUGGAGCCGCUCACCAUCUUCAGGAGCGAUGCCCAGCAAAGUCCUUUCUUCUGCUCGAGGCGCGGCACGCCAUCGGCGGGACCUGGGACCUGUUUCGGUACCCCGGCGUCCGAUCUGACUCCGACAUGUACACCUUCGGGUACCGCUUCCGGCCGUGGACGGACGAUGUCACCAUGGCCGACGGCCCUUCGAUCCUAAGUUACAUCCGCGAGACUGCCACGGAGGCUGGCAUCGACCAGAAGAUCCGCUUCGGCCACCGCAUGGUGCGCGCAGAGUGGUGCAGCGCCGAGGAGCGGUGGACGGUGUGGGCGGCACGGGAGGGGCCGUCCCCGGUCGGCGGCCAGGUCAAGUUGACGGCCAAGUUCCUCUUCAACUGCAGCGGGUACUACAAGUACGACCAGGGCUUCACGCCACCCUUCCCCCAACUCGGCGACUUUGGAGGGCGGGUGGUCCACCCGCAGCACUGGCCGGAGGACCUCGACUACGCGGGGAAGAGGGUGGUUGUCAUCGGCAGCGGGGCGACCGCGGUCACCCUCGUGCCGGCGAUGGCCGCCUCCGCAGCGCACGUCGUCAUGCUGCAGCGCUCGCCGACCUACGUCGUCUCCGAGCCGGGGCGAGACGCCGUCGCCCUCUUCCUGCGCCGCUGGCUCCCCGCUUGGCUCGCCGUCUUCCUCACGCGCUGGCAGCGCUGCGGGCAGCUUUCUUUUGACGGCGGCCCUGCGAUCCUCUUCUACUGGCUGUCGCAGACGUACCCCCAGACGGUGCGCGGCUGGCUGCGUGCCUGGGCGCAGGAGCAGCUGCCCGACGGGUUCGCCGUCGACGUGCACUUCAAGCCAAAGUACGACCCGUGGGACCAGCGGCUGUGCGCCGUCCCGGACGGCGACCUCUUCGCCGCCCUGAGCUCCGGCCGCGCCUCCGUCGUCACCGACACGAUCCAGCGCUUCACCGCCGGCGGGGUGCUCCUCUCCUCAGGCGAGGAGCUGAAGGCGGACCUCAUCGUCACUGCGACCGGCUUCACGCUCCAAGUGAUGGGCGGCGCGGCUGCUUGGGCCGUCAAGACUGCGGAGGCUGCCGACUUGGUCUCCGAGUACGUCUGCCGCAUCCUCAACUACAUGGACGCGGGCGGGUAUACAGUCCAGGCCUUCAUUUUAGCCAGCUGGCUCCCCCGACACGAGGUGCCGCGAGCCGACCCGGCGAUGGAGCGGCACGCCCUGCUCGACUUUGGGGCCGGCUACAUCCAGCGGUCCAUCGACGAGCUGCCCAAGCAGGGCACGGCGUGGCCGUGGCGGCUCCGCAUGAAUUACGUCGCCGACGUGCUCUCCAUCCGACCCGGGGCGCUGGCCGACUCAGCGAUGGAGUUUCGCCGACCGCACGCCAAGCCCGACUGA